UAACUGCGAACGUACUCUUUAUCUUCCUUCCUAGGUCAAUGGUGUGAAUACCCUAAAAUAGACUGAAAUACAGACUUAGAUCUCAAUUUCUCCCCCACCCUUUCUCUCUCUCUCUCUCUCACUUUCUCUACUUUAUGGGCGCCACUCUGUCAAGCAUAUGGUGUCCAUUCACUUGCCAUUUAUGACACUCUAAGGGACAACAAGUGUGAUCUAUUGGGGAGCUUGAGCUCUGGAUCGGCUCCAUUAUCCGAUACCCACCACUGUCAAGCUUCCACUUACAGUUCCUGACUUCUUUCUAAGGCUUAUCAUGGGUUCUAAGAAUAACUUAUUGAAUAACCGAGGACGUAGCCCGCUGUCUAUAUUCGUUGUUCUUGCUCUAUGUUGUUUCUUCUACCUAUUAGGCGCAUGGCAGAAUGGUGGAUUUGGAAAGCAAGAUAAAAUGGCCUUUCAAAUACCCAAAAGUUCUGAUUGCAAUAUAAUUCCAAAAGCUCUAGACUUUGAGCCUCAUCAUAAAAUUCUACAUAUCUCGGAAUCUGCGGAGCCAAAAGCCAAAAUAUUCAAGCCUUGCGAUUCAAAGUAUGCUGAUUAUACUCCUUGUCAAGAACAAGACCGAGCUAUGACCUUCCCUCGAGAAAAUAUGAUAUACAGAGAGAGGCAUUGUCCGCCCAAUUCAGAAAAGUUGAAGUGUCUGAUUCCAGCACCAAAGGGAUACACAACCCCAUUUACGUGGCCAAAAAGUCGAGAUUAUGUUUAUUAUGCUAAUGUUCCUUACAAAAGUUUGACAGUUGAGAAGGCUGUCCAGAACUGGGUUCAGUUUCAGGGUAAUGUGUUUAAAUUUCCAGGUGGAGGAACAAUGUUUCCUCAAGGUGCAGAUGCGUAUAUCGAUGAAUUAGCGUCGGUUAUUCCCAUCAAAAGUGGCGCUAUAAGAACUGCACUGGACACUGGUUGCGGAGUUGCGAGCUGGGGGGCAUAUAUGUUGAAGAGAAAUGUGUUGACAAUGUCAUUUGCACCUAAAGAUAACCAUGAAGCGCAGGUUCAGUUUGCUCUAGAGCGGGGUGUGCCAGCUAUUAUUUCCGUUUUGGGAUCCAUACAACUUCCCUAUCCGGCAAGAGCAUUCGAUAUGGCUCAAUGUUCUAGAUGCCUAAUUCCGUGGGCCUCAAAUGAAGGAACGUAUCUAAUGGAAGUUGAUCGAGUGCUCAGACCUGGUGGAUACUGGGUCUUGUCUGGCCCGCCAAUUAAUUGGAAGACCUAUUAUAAGACGUGGAAACGAACAAAGGAGGAGUGUAAGGCAGAACAAGAUAAAAUUGAAGAGUUGGCUGAGCUUCUUUGCUGGGAGAAGAAGUAUGAAAAAGGAGAUAUUGCGAUUUGGAGGAAAAAGAUAAACGCAAAAUCCUGCAGAAGGAAGUCUGCAACCAUUUGUGAAGCCAGGGACGCCGAUGAUGUUUGGUACAAGAAAAUGGAAUCAUGCAUAACUCCCUUGCCCAAAGUUGUGGAUGGUAAGGAAGUAGCUGGAGGUGAAUUGAAGAAAUUUCCAGAUAGAUUGUAUGCUGUUCCACCGCGAAUAACAAAAGGAUUGGUUAAAGGAAUAUCUGUUGAAUCUUACGAAGAGGACAAUAAAGUAUGGAAGAAACAUGUAAAAGAGUACAAAAGGAUUAAUAGGUUGCUUGGAGGUACAAGAUACCGAAACAUUAUGGACAUGAAUGCUGGCCUUGGUGGUUUUGCAGCUGCCCUUGAUUCUCCAAAACUAUGGGUGAUGAAUGUUGUGCCAACUAUUGCUCAGAACACCUUAGGCGUUAUUUACGAGAGAGGUCUCAUGGGCAUAUAUCAUGACUGGUGCGAAGGAUUCUCGACGUAUCCUAGAACAUAUGAUCUUAUUCAUGCAAAUGGCUUGUUCAGCUUAUAUCAAAACAGAUGCGAAUUGGAAGACAUACUGUUAGAGAUGGAUCGAAUCCUGCGGCCAGAGGGUACUGUCAUAUUUCGAGACGAAGUGGAUGUUCUAAACAAGGCGAAGAAAAUAGCGGAAGGAAUGAGAUGGGAGAUGAAACUAAUUGAUCACGAGGAUGGACCAAUGGUCCCCGAAAAGAUAAUGGUGGCUUACAAACAGUAUUGGGUUGGUAAUACCACAUCUGAUGAAUGAAGAAGACAUUCAUUUCCUUUUGUCUAUAUAUAUAUAUAUAUAUAUAUAUAUUUAUUUACAAAUUUAAUUAUGCAUAAUGGUAUGAAAGAUUAAAUCUUAUGAUGGUGAUAAUUAUUAAGUUUAACUGAGGAUCUGAUAUUAGUGUUAUAUAUAUUAUUGUAAAGUUUAUUUUA